AUGUUUCAUAGUGAAACUCUGCAAGAACAUAUUCUUUAUGAUAAAAUUUAUCAAUACCUCUGGGUGAAAUCUGAAACUUCGAAUCCUCCUUCUAUAUUGAUACCUGAAACAGUUAUAUUAAUACGAUCAAUGCCUAUAUAUUGGUAUUUUACAGACAGAGGAUCAGGAGAAGUGAAGAGAAAAAUGCAUAAAAAUGUAAACAAGGAGAACAUCAAAGAGAGCUGGUUGAAUUCUGUUGGCAAAUCAGGAGUUGUUGGCUAUUUAUUACAUUUUAUAGAAAAUUUAGAUCUAAACUACCCAAAUGAAAAGUUAAAAGUAUGCGGAUAAAUCUAGAUUAUUUACUUUGACAAAGAAGGAUUCAUAAAAUUUAUGGAUUCAAAUGUGGAGCUUCCAUUUGGAAUCUUGCAAAAGUACGUUGAAGCUGCAGAUGAUAAAAAUUCAUAAAUACAGGCUUUAUGGAGUAAAUAGAUCACGUUGUUUACAAAGAGAACGACCAAAAAGAGUUAUCUUAAUAAGUCAAUGAAUAUCUAUGAAAGACUUUGCACAUUUGAAGGGCCAGAUUAUUUAAGUGAGGCAACUUAAGUCAAAGAUUUUUAAUCGCAAAGGAUAUCAGAACAAAUAUAAAAAAUGAUCAAUCAUUUAGAUUCCAUAUCUUUUGGUAAGUUGAAUAUCAGUCAAGGGAUUUUCUACUUCAAAGUUGACAGACAAGCUAAAUGUUGGUUUUUGUUUUGUGGCAAUCUGAAAUUUGAUGGUGAAAAACAUCUAAAAGACUGUCCAAAAGACCUGUAUCAGUAAGCAUAGAUAAAAAUACCUAAAUCCAUAGAUGGAAUUAUGUCAGUCUAUAGUUAGAAACCCUAACAAUUAAAUAAGGAAUCGAAAUGUAUCAAAUGUGGAGGAGUAGAAAAAGAAAAUAAUUUUAUCCUUAUACCUUAUCAUUACAUCCUAGAAUAUGACUAAAAUACAAUACAACCUUAAAAUUGGCCAAAUGAAAUUAAAAAGGGAGCAACAAAAAUAAAAUUGGUAAGUACAAGCUCUGCCUCAACUGACUUAUUGAAUACAAUAUCCCAGGUUCCAUUAGUAUUAUAAAAAGUACAUGAAAAGUUAAAUUACUAAAGCUUUGAUUAAUAUAAAAAUCAUGAUGGCUUUUUACAUAAGACCUUAUAGGUUUGCUUGAAUUGUUACAUUAGUUUAGUUGCCUUUCAAGAGAAAAAGUAGAAAGAUAGUGUUGUAAAUAGCAUUAGUCCACACAUGAAAAUUAAGAAAUCAUUGGGUGGAUUUACAAGUGCAAAAUCACUCUAAUAAUAUUUAAGACCUGAUAUAAAAGAGAAAAUCUACACUUAGGCUUCCGAUACUUGCAGGAAAUAUAAGAAUAUCAAAAUACGUCCUGUCUAAUAGUAUGUUUAACAAAGAUUGCAAAGUUUAAGUCCGACACAGAAAAGUUCUCUUGAUUUUCCUUCAUCUCCUGAUCUUCUAUCUUAUCAUACUAAAUCCUCCACAUAUGAAUUAGGAAGUAACAAUAGAAAACUUCGAAAUUGUUACAAUCAAUCUCUAUAAGUGAAAUUGAAUAACUUGAAUAUAUGA